CGGACAAAAUGAACGAAAGUUUAGGUCAAAUUUUGUGGUCAAAAAUGCAUGAAAUUACCACACAAUCUACUGUACAACAUUUCUUUAAGUCUAUAAAGGUUUGGAUUGAAAAGCCACAUGUUGUUAAUAGGCGAUUGAGCGGUUCUUUGACUCUUAGGAAUACCUUUUUGUCACGUUCAUUUUGUAAGGAACUGAUGGCAUUUGUGAUGUCUGACUGUAGCAUAGGAUCGUGCGAUGUUUGUACUAAAAUCGAUGGAUAUUCAAACACUGAUGGUGCAGUUGGGGAAAGUAAUCCAAUUGAUGAAAACAGCUCAAUUGAAAUAAUACUAAGGAGGUUGCUUCCUCGUUUAAUGGCUAAAAGCGAUAGACUUGUGGAGCUUGUUCUUGUAGACAAGAUAAAAAAAGAGGUUUUAUUCAUGCCGGUAUGCACUGAGAAGCCUGAGAAAGAAGCCUUCAAUGAUGGUCAGCAAAACAACCAUACAGAAGUGAUGCCAUAUAAAAUUUCAUACUUGCAGUAUUCUGACACUGAUAUUAGMAUUACAUUGCACAUUUCUGAGAAUGCAUUGGCAAGAUUCCCAUCAGAUAAUAAAGGAGGUGAUGGCAUUGUCUGUCCAUCAAUCAAAUGGCUUAGGGAUCAGCUUUUACCAAAACUGAACAAGUGGGCAGAGAAUCCAGAGAAUAAAUCUAAAGGAUCCUUAAGAUUGAUUUCUUUGGAGCGAUAUACCAUAUUAUACCAGACUUUGAAGGAGAAAUAUGGCUGGGAUCUUGUCAAGAAAUGGCCAGAAAACACUGAUCCACAAAAAUUUGUUUUUGAAGAUAUUGCCAUAGCUACAUAUUUGAUUAUCCUGUGGGAAGUAGAAAGAGAGAGGAUGAAUUUAAAAGAAAAACAAAGUUUUGUUGACUUAGGAUGUGGCAAUGGUCUUUUGGUAUAUAUCCUUUGUAAAGAGGGGUACCCUGGCUCAGGCAUUGAUGUCAGAAGGAGGAGGAUUUGGGAUCUGUAUGGUCCUGAGGUACCAUUAGAGGAAAGGCCUCUAGAUCCAACAGUUGCUGGUCUAUUUCCUAAAGUGGAUUGGUUGAUUGGGAAUCAUUCUGACGAGUUAACGCCAUGGAUACCAGUCAUGGCUGCAAGAUCAUCUUAUCAUACAAGAUACUUUGUUUUGCCUUGUUGCUUUUAUGACUUCAAUUGUAAGUAUGUUCGCAAAAACAACAAGUUAUCACAGUAUCAUGGCUACCUAGAGUUUGUCAACCAUGUUGGGAUUAGCUGUGGUUUUCAAGUAGAAGAAGACAUGUURAGAAUACCAUCAACAAAACGAAUUUGCCAGAUAGGUCAAUCUAGAACAUACCCAGAGGAACACAAGGACAUCAUGGAAACUAAAAUCAAGAAUUUAAUAAGAGAAAGAGGUUGUGAUAUUGACUCUGGACAGCAACCACAAACAUUUCAAAUAUCAACCAAGUCUACCAAUGAUGUCCCUACCAGGGAAACUCAUGACACAUUAUCUGAAUCAGAAAAAAGUAUUGAAACUAAAGUAAAAUGUUCCAAUGAUUCAGAGGAUAUUGAUGGAGGACCUCCUUGCAAAAAACCUGUUCUUGUUUCUGAACAUUCAUCUCACAAUGCCUUCCAGCCAAGGGAGCAAAGGAUAGAAGUGAAGAAUUGCUCACAACUCAGCAAAUCACUAAAAGAAUUUAUUGUUGGUACUAUAUUACAAGCUUUAUUGAAGAAAGACCAUAAUAAUAGCUGUUGUGAAGGUGAACACAAACUAACAAGUACAGGGAAACCACUCAGAAUAUGGAGAAAAGGAGGAUCUAUAGCAUUAUCAGAAGCUGCAAAGUUGUUUGAYAAAGAUACACUAAAGAAAUUAAAAAAUGAAUGUGGUGGGAUACAAACCUUACUGCGUAACCAUCGGUUUAUAUUCAAAGUUGUUGGCGGCAUUGUUGAGCUCCAAGACUGGAGAGAUCAGUUACCAGGCCCCAAGCUGACAACUGGAGACCAUGAAUACUUGAAGAGACGUUAUGAYGCUCUGCGCAAUACCUCACUGUGCUGGUUUCAUUUUAAUCAUCCAGAUGGAUGUGUUUUACAAACAGAUCAAUGUCCAUAUGCUCAUAAUGAAAGUGACUUGAUAAACAGACCAUCACAAGAAUAUCUCAAAAAUCUGUAGAAAUUUCUUUUUACCUAAAAAAAUAGUUUUGGCAUGAUUUUGUCCAGGAAUAUAUCUCACUUUCUUUUGCUCAAUUAAACUUGAAAAAACUACUAAGAGUAGAUGUUGCUUGAAUGCAUAUAAAUAUCAAACAGUCAAAUAUUAAUUUUAUUGCAUAUAUUAAUCUAAAAUUAAAAUUGUGAAUGAAUUUUCCACAAUUUUUUCCUAAAAAUUAUAAAUUCUAUAAUCAAYUUUAAAAUACACAAUCAUUACUAUACAUAAGAUUGUUUUAUAUCAAACAUUGCAGUGAGGUCAAUCAUGAUUAAAAUAAUGAAAUAAAUAAUCAAUUUCCAAUCAGACCAUCCGAUGGUAGUGUAUUUACAUAUUUUAUCUUACUACAAUAAAACUUCUUGCUUUAUUUUCAAUCCUAGGAUGGAAUUAUAGAUUGUAAUCCAUCAGUCAGUCUCAGUUCGCUCUUUUUUGUGAUUAUAGUAAGGAUACACAAUGGCUAUAGACCACUUGCAUGUGAUGUCAAAGAAGCUUCAUCUGGAUG